AUGGCAAGCUCAACAGCCUCUCUUAUACGGCACAGCCACGCCAGUCAGUCACCGACCACCAACAUCGUGAAAUACUACAUCCCGAAGUAUCUGCUCCCAUGCUUUGCGCCCGUUAAUCUCCCGACCAUCCUGUCCCUCGCCUACCGGGGGGCCAGUGUCGAAGGACAAUAUCCUAGGGUCAUCCUAAUCAGAUCCUCCAUCCACCUCACGAGAUACCGAAAAAGGGGCCGGACCAAACAGCUCCGGAACACCUGGCACAUGACGAUCAGCUACAAGACCGCGGCCCACCUGGCCAAGGGCUCCCACCUGACGGCGCAUAUUUACGUGAUGAAUAAGCAUCACCCGGUGUUUCUGCGAGCCAAUCUCUGCGGUGAAAGACCGGAUACGGCGAAACAGGCGUCAGGGCGGGCAGUUUGGGGAUCGAUGGAUAACUCGGAGCAUAUUACGCGGGAGGUUGCAUAUGGAUACCUUCCACAAUGGGAGCAGAGGAUGUCGGAUACGUGUGGUCGGGCCUAUACAUCUCGUGAGAAGAGGCAGCCGUGGGAGGGGCGAGGAGGGCUGAUUCGUUUCGUCUUGAGCCGCGAAAAAGAGACCAUCAAAGAGUAG